AGGUUGAAUUUAAUCUUAAUCUUUUGUUGCUCUGUUUAUAAUAUAGUUAUUAGACGUUAGUUCGUCGUCAAUAUAAAAGUUAGUUUUGUGGUGACUCCUGGAUAAAAAAAAAAAACAAAGAAAAUGGAUUCAUCAGCUAGUGAAGAUGGUACUAUGGAAAUUGUUAUGAAAAAUAUUUAUACUUCUUGUGAUCCCGAAAAUUCAAAUCUGGUUCCUGUGUCAAAACUGAUUGAGUUCAUUACACCAUAUAUGUUGGAAGAUCUUUCUGCUUUAGAAAGUCUUAGACGGUCAUUAGAUCCAGGAAAUAAUAAUGUUUGUGUCAGCAGUGAAAAGUUUUAUGAAACAAUGAAUGAAUGGACAAAAAAGAUAACAAAUUCUUCAGAUGAAGACAGUGACUUUAAUAGAACACCCAGUGUUUUGGAGGUCAUAGAUGAAAAGCAAUUACCUUAUAUCCAGUCCACCCCUAGGGCCAGUUUUGGGCAAAAACUUUUGAGUUGUGAAGGACUACUAAACUUAUCUAAUGUAUCUGCUUAUAGCUUAUCCACAAGUACACAUACCAAAGAUAACAGCAUGGGUGGACAAGAGAAAACUAUUUUAGAAGAAGAAAUAAAGCGUCUGGAACAUCAUUUAAAUAAAGUUUCAAAUGAGAUGGUGAUGGUUAAACUCCAACUUACUGCAGCGGAAGAACAAAAUGAAAUUUUACAAGCUGAUCUAGAUCGAUGUAAAACCAGAUUACAUUCUGAGCAACAAAUUAUUGAACAUCUUCAAAGUGAUAAAAGAUACAAUGACGAAUUGAGAGAGGAACUGAAUUCCACUAAGAAGCAAGUUGAGGAGCUCAAUAAGAAGCUACUUCAAUAUGAGAAGGAGAAUCACCAUUUAGUUAAUGACAUUAAGCAAAGUGAAAAGGAGAAUGCUAAAUUAGAGGAAAAAUGCGAGGAAUUAUCAAGAAGAGAACAGGAAGCAAAAAAGGAAAUAAUCAAUAUCAAAACUGAGCUGGAUUUAAAAGAUCAAGAAAUAAUAACAAUACUGAAAAUUAAUGAUGAGUUAAGAAGUAAACUAAAUCAACAAAGAGACACUAUCGAUCAACUUACAAAUGAAAAUGAGCUCCUAGAUCAUCUGAAAAAUAAUUUGGAGAAAACGCUCCGAGAUAACUUAUCAGCCAGACGUGAUUCUCUAGUGCACCAGUAUAAGACAUGCCUUGCAGAUUCCAGCAAUUUACCCGAUAUAGAUCAAGGAAGCGAGGAUGAAUGUUUCUUCAAAAUACAAGGCACAGAUCAUAGGAAUCCCGCUCGAGACUCGCUACAUGCAGAAAUUUCUCAGGUCAUUCAAGAGAAAAAUAGUCCUCUCUAUAGCCAUAGUCUUUCUUCAUUUAAUAAUCAUGAAAAGCAAAUAGAACUUGAGAACGGCUGCAGUAAUAUAAUAGAGAUUUAUGAAGAUGAAAUAAAACAAUUGAAAAUUAAAAAUGAUUCUAUCCAAGCAAGAUUGGAAACUGUUAAUCAGGAUAAUGUUAAACUCUGUGAGGAAGUUGCAGAAGUAAAAGAUAAAAUGUGCAUUUUACAACAAGAUUUGAAUAACCUGAUAAUUGAAAAGAGAGACAAAGAGGCAAGCCUUGAACAGAUCAAGGAAGAGAAAGAGAAAAUAGAAAAUGAAUUAAAAAAACUGAACCAA